GGAUGUAAAGGAGCACGUGUAGUGCGGUGUCCUCCCGCAGAGCUCCGCACGGUCAUAUCUCCUCGCACAGCUUCAGGCAGCCGUCCUCCCGCACGGGUCACAUCAGAAAGCCGCAGCAGCUUUUAUCCCGCACAGACAUGUUUCGUUUAGCCGCGGUCAUGAGGCAGGUGAGGCCCGUCAGCCGGGCGCUCGCCCCUCACCUCACACGCGCCUACGCCAAGGACGUGAAGUUCGGCGCUGACGCUCGUGCCCUCAUGCUGCAGGGCGUGGACCUGCUGGCCGACGCCGUGGCCGUCACCAUGGGACCCAAGGGUCGGACCGUCAUCAUCGAGCAGAGCUGGGGCAGCCCGAAGGUCACCAAGGACGGCGUGACGGUGGCCAAGAGCAUCGACCUGAAGGACAAGUACAAGAACAUCGGGGCCAAGCUGGUGCAGGACGUGGCCAACAACACCAACGAGGAGGCCGGGGACGGAACCACCACCGCCACCGUGCUGGCCCGCGCCAUCGCCAAGGACGGCUUCGACAACAUCAGCAAAGGCGCCAACCCCGUGGAGAUCCGCCGCGGCGUCAUGCUGGCCGUGGAGACCAUCAUCAACGAGCUGAAGAACCUGUCGAAGCCGGUCACGACCCCCGAGGAGAUCGCUCAGGUCGCCACAAUCUCAGCCAACGGAGACGUGGAGAUCGGAACCAUCAUCUCCAACGCCAUGAAGAAGGUCGGCCGCAAGGGCGUGAUCACCGUCAAGGACGGAAAAACUCUGCAUGACGAGCUGGAGAUCAUCGAGGGCAUGAAGUUCGACCGCGGCUACAUCUCUCCUUACUUCAUCAACACUGCCAAAGGUCAGAAGUGUGAGUUUCAGGACGCCUACCUGCUGCUGAGCGAGAAGAAGAUCUCCAGCGUGCAGAGCAUCGUCCCCGCCCUGGAAAUCGCCAACCAGCACCGCAAACCGCUGGUGAUCGUGGCGGAGGACGUGGACGGAGAGGCUCUGAGCACUCUGGUUCUCAACAGGCUGAAGGUGGGGCUGCAGGUGGUCGCCGUCAAAGCGCCCGGCUUCGGGGACAACAGGAAGAACCAGCUGAAGGACAUGGCCGUGGCCACCGGGGGCACCGUGUUCGGGGACGAGGCUCUGGGCCUGGCCCUGGAGGACAUCCAGCCCCACGACUUCGGGAAGGUGGGCGAGGUGCAGAUCACCAAGGACGACACGCUGCUGCUGAGGGGCGGCGGCAGCCCGGCCGACGUGGAGCGGCGGGCGGCCGAGAUCGCAGAGCAGCUGGAUAACACCACCAGCGACUACGAGAAGGAGAAGCUCAACGAGCGGCUGGCCAAGCUGUCGGACGGCGUAGCCGUGCUCAAGGUGGGCGGGACGAGCGACGUGGAGGUGAACGAGAAGAAGGACCGAGUGACGGACGCUCUGAACGCCACUCGCGCGGCGGUGGAGGAGGGCAUCGUGCCCGGGGGGGGCUGCGCCCUGCUGCGCUGUGCCCCCGCUCUCGACGCCAUCAAACCCGCCAACGCCGACCAGAAGAUCGGCGUGGACAUCAUCAGACGGGCGCUGCGUAUUCCCGCCAUGACCAUCGCCAAGAACGCUGGCGUGGAGGGUUCCCUGGUGGUGGAGAAGAUCCUGCAGGGGGGCGCCGAGUUGGGCUACGACGCCCUGCAGGGCGAGUACGUCAACAUGGUGGAGAAGGGCAUCAUCGACCCCACCAAGGUUGUGAGGACGGCGCUGCUGGACGCCGCCGGAGUGGCGUCUCUGCUGUCCACCGCCGAGGCCGUCGUCACGGAGAUCCCCAAGGAGGAGAAGGAGAUGCCCGGAGGCAUGGGCGGCAUGGGGGGGAUGGGAGGGAUGGGAGGGGGCAUGGGCUUCUAAACCCCCCACCCCGAGACUCUGUACAGACUGAGACGGGCAGGUUGGACCGGACAGACGAAGCUCCGCCCACCCAACUGUCCACGCUGGAGCCGCGAACGGUCGCAGUGACCGGGGACGAUGAGAGUCGAGUGCAGUCCUCACAGCCCCCUGCCACGCUGACAUCGUCACGGAAACGUCACAGUGCGAUCACAAAACGACAUCCCCAACCGGCCGGGCUUCGUGUUGACGUCAUGCUGGCGUCACCUUAGCAUGACGCUAGCUUGAUGCUCACCUCAAAUUACAGAAUCAUCAGAGAUUCAUCAGAAACCAAUCAGUCAUUGGACCAGAACACAGUUUAUUCUGAAUGUAACAAGUUUACUUUUUUAUAACCUUGAGUUUUUUUGUUUUUUUUUUUCUUUCCAACCUUAAAAAUUUUGAAAAUCUGCAGAGAAGUCUUGCUUUUCCCCUGAAGUGUUUCUGGUUACGAUGUCUCGUGUACAUGACCUUCCAGACCAUCCAUCUCACAGACAUACUGUUCAGACUUUCUUCGUCUCGUCUGUCCUCGAUGUCUCACACUAAAUGUCACGUUGACUCGGAUAGCGGAAGUUUUUCCAGACAUGCUAACGUGCACCGCGGCUAGCUGAGAGAUGUGUCCUGGGGGGCGGGGCUUCAGUGUCUUUAUUUGUGGUCUUGUUUUUGUUAAUCUUUGAUAAUUUUUUUUUUUUAUAUCCAUGUGCUGAUCAGUGAAUUAAAGAGGUUUUGUUGCAGAUGUUGGAAUGGUUCAGUCUCUGAGCAGCCAGCAGGGGUGCCUGUCCCAUUUUCUUUGUUUUCUAAUUUAAUAAAUUCACCUUCUGAUGGGUU